GUCACGUCGUCUUCCAUUCCCCACUCCUCCACUCGCUGCUCCCUCCGCCAUGGCGGUGAAGGGGAAGGGCAAGCAGGUGGCGGCCGACCCCCCUGGCCCUGACGCCGGCAGCGCAUCCGGGUCCGGCGGGAAGCGGCGGAACGGCUACGGCUACGGCUACGCGAGGGCGGGGCCCUCGUCGUCCUCCGCGGCGAAGCGCCGCCGCCGCGCUGGAGUCCAGCAGUUCGUUGACGAUGCGGCUGGCGUAGACGACGACUAUGAGGAGGAAGAUGUGCUCGAGUCGGAGGAGGAGGCUUCCGACCCCGAUGACGGUUUCUUUACCGGUGGGGAACAUGCACAAAAUCUCAGUAGCAAAAGAGCUGAAAGGUCACACCCUCUUCCUUUUCUUGUAAAGGAAGAGGAGCUUAGCGGCGAUGAACUUGAGGAAUUCAUCAGGAAACGAUACAGUAAUGGUGUGAGAUAUGCUGCUGAUCGCAACUUUUCUAGAGAAGAUGAUGACAUUUUCCCCAUGGAUGGUGCACUCAAAGAGCCUACUAUUUGGAGGGUUAAAUGCAUGGUCGGGCGUGAGCGCCAAAUGGCUUUCUGCUUCAUGCAGAAGUUUGUUGAUCUGCAAAAAAUUGGUACCAAAGUGCCAAUUAUCACAGCAUUUGCACUGGAUCAUGUAAGAGGGUUUGUUUUUGUUGAAGCGGAGAAGGCCUGUGAUGUUACAGAGGCAUGCAAAGGGUUUUGUAGUGUGUAUGCAAGCAGAAUUAUUUCUGUUCCUGCAGCUGAAGUUCCUAGCUUGUUAUCAAGCCGUACAAAACCAUUUGAAAUUUCCCGUGGUACAUGGGUCCGCAUGAAGAAUGGAAACUAUAAAGGUGAUCUAGCACAGGUUGUUAGCGAGGAUGAUGGACGGAAAAGAGUACUGAUAAAAAUCAUACCCAGAGUUGACCUCCAUGCUAUUUCGAGAAAAUAUGGUGGUGCAAUUUCGCUAAAAGAAGCAGUAGUUCCUGCUCCACGGUUGAUCAGCUCCCAAGAACUAGAGUUCUUCAGGCCUCAUAUUGAAAUGAAGCGUGAUCGUCAGACUGGUGAAGUUUUUGAAGUACUUGAUGGUUUGAUGUUCAAAGAUGGUUUUCUAUAUAAAAGGGUUGCACUUAGUUCUUUGAUUUACUGGGGGAUACAACCAACGGAGACUGAACUUCUGAAGUUCUCUUCUAGUCCAAUCAAUAGAGCUUCUGCUGAUGACUUGGAUUGGGUCUCCAGCAUCUAUGGCCCUAAGAAAAGGAACCUUCCCGCAGAACGAGGUAUUAAGUCACCAUCUUCAAAAACGAAAUCUUCCAAAGCAUCAAAAGCUUCAACUUCGACUGAAAAUUAUGAUGAUAAUGAUGAAUUCAACCUCCAUGAUCUUGUACUCUUUGGGCGAAAAGAUUUUGGUGUAAUCAUUGCUAUUGAGAAAGAUGGUCUUCGGAUAUUAAAGGGUGGUCCUGAAGGAUCUGCCGUGACAGUAAAAAAGCAGGACAUUAAGAAAGGCUGUGUGGACAAAAUGUUUACAGCUGUUGAUCGUCAGAAGAAGAUAAUAUCUAUUAACGACACUGUUAAUGUUCUGGAAGGACCAUUUCAGGGUAAGCAAGGUGUCGUUAAACACUUGUACAUGGGCACACUGUUUAUUUAUAAUGAAAGUGAAAGCGAGAACUGUGGUUUUUUCUGUGCUCAAUGUGGAUCAUGUGAAAAUGUGAAGAAACGGAAGGAAAGCUCUACUACUGAAAACUUGGACAAUCCAAUUCCCAUGUUUUCUGAGCCUUAUGAGCAAAAUGAGCAUCGGGACACUGAGAGGCCUUACAGGAGCACCAGAGAACAACUUUUCUCUAUCGGGCAGAUGCUACGCAUUAGGAAGGGCCCUUUGAAGGGCUAUCUCUGUCGAGUAGUCAAGAUAUUUCGAAAUGAUGUGACUGUUAAGCUAGAUUCCCUACUGAAGAUUGUUACAGUGCAAGCUGAGUUUCUUUCAGUCCCAGCUAACAGGGGGGAUAACUCGUCUGGUGCUCCAGCUGGUAAUUUUGGAAGUCAAGAUACAUCUUUCUUUGGUUCAGAAGCAGACAAGGCUUCAUGGGACAAUGGGUUGCCAUCUUUUGGCAGUGACUCAUGGCAACCCUUUUCAAGUUCCACCUUACCAGCCCAGAAUGCAGGUGGAGAAUCAGAAAGUGAUCCAUGGUGUAAGAAAAGUUCUGCUGGAGGUGAAUCUGAUCCAUGGGGUAAGAAAACCGAUAGUGAUUCUGAUCCAUGGGGUAAUAAAGUGGUGCCUUCUGGUGAUGGUGAUUCCGAUCCGUGGGGUAAGAAAGUGGUGGCUCCUGCUGAUGGUGAUUCCGAUCCAUGGGGUAAGAAAGUGGUGGUUCCUGCUGAUGGUGAUUCCGAUCCAUGGGGUAAGAAAGUGGUGGCUCCCGCUGAUGGUGAUUCUGAUCCAUGGGGUAAGAAAGUGAUGGCUCCUUCUGAUGGUGAUUCGGAUCCAUGGGGUAAGAAAGUGGUGGCUCCUGCUGAUGGUGAUUCGGAUCCAUGGGGUAAGAAAGUGGUGGCUCCUGCUGAUGGUGAUUCUGAUCCAUGGGCUAAGAAUACAACAUCUUCAGCUUUUCGAGUAUUGAACACUGGUACCACUCAAAAGGAAAGUUCCAGUGGCAAGGUGUGGGAUAAACAAGCUGGGGUUGGUGGAUCUGAUGCUGCUGGCAGCUCUUGGGAUCGAACAUCAGUCAAUAAGGAGUGUGAAAAGAGUGACAACUGGGGAGAGGCUUGCAGGGUGGCAGACAUGGGAACUGGAGGUGACGCAGACCCAUGGGGAAACAAGGUUAAAGCAGUAGAUAUGGAAGGAACAGAUAGCUGGGACAAGGCUACAAUGCCUCCAGACAAUAAGUUGGAGGGUGUCAGUCAAGGAUGGGGGCAACCUUUGGGCAAUUCAAAUGAAGGCCAAGGAAAAGAUAAUUUUUCUAAAGCUGAGGGCAACAAUGGGGGUUGGGAUACUGCUUUGCCUGCCACUGAGGAUGGUACCUGGGGCAAGUCAAAGGACAGUAAUGGUGAUGGAGCAGGUGGCUUGAAUGAGGCUAGAUCCUCUGACAAAAACGGUGGUGCAGGAGGUUGGGAUACAUCUGCUGCUAACUGGAAUAAAUCAUCUGUCGUUGCUGAAGCACAGGAGGGAGGUUGGGGCAAAGGAAAAGGAGCUUCAGAUCAAGCUGGUUUGGGUGAUUGGGAUAAACCGAAAUCUUUUGGCGGCGGUGGUUCAUCAAGCUGGAACAAGGGAGAGGAAACUAGGGCAGAUGACCAGAAUAACAGCUGGAGCAGGCAUGGAAGCUUCGGAGGUGGACGUGGAUUUGUGCGAGGACGAGGGAGGGGUAGGGGUGAAUCUGGAGAUUCCGAUGGCACAACUGAUCAAGGAAGUUGGAAGAGCCCAUGGGGUGGCGACAAUGCUGGAAGGCCCUCUUGGAGGUCUGAUAGUAAUGUAGACAAUGAAGUUGGAGAUUCUGGUGGAUACUGGGGAAGGGGAAGAGGAGGGAGGGGGCAAUAUGGAGGGCGAGGGAGAGGAAGAGACAAUGGUUGGAGAAACGGCGAUAGAAGCAAUUCCGGGAUUGGAAGGGAAAAUGAUGGUGCUGAUGGACAAAAAUGGGGAAACGGAGGUUCUUCUGAUUGGAAUAAAGAUACAUCUAAUAAAGGUUCUUGGGGUGGAGAUAACUGGAAUGCCACAAAUCCACCAAGUAACCAGCCCUGGAGUAGCAGUGGAGGCACAAAGUCAUAUGGUGAAAAUAAACCGUCCACUUGGAAUAGUUCAGAGGAUAACAAAACGUCUGUAGGUGAACAAGAUGAUCCUUGGGCAAGCAAGGUGGCUUCUACUGAAGGCAAAGAACAACGGAACGAUACUUGGGCAAGCAAGAUGACUUCUGCUGGUGCUGAGGAUAGCAGUGGUGGCUGGAACACCAAGACAAAAGACUCCUGCAGCGAUGGGGGUGAAGAAAGUCAAAAUGAUUCCUGGGCAAAUAAGAUUGGGUCAAACAAAGGUAAAGAACAAGAAACUGAUCCUUGGGCAAGCAAGGUGCCUUCUACUGUGGGUUCUGAUGACAACAAUGGUAGCCGGAGCACUACGGCAAAGGGCACCCCAUCUGAGGAAAAGGCUGAUGAUCCCUGGAGUAGUAAAGGAGGUAAUGAUAAUAUCAAGAUUGAUAGCUGGGGUGCUGGCUCCUCCGAUGGGAAUCAGGAAUCGUCUUGGAGCAAACCAAAUUUCUCUUUGGGAGACCAGGAAAACACGUGGAGCAAGCCAAGGUUUGGUGAUGAUAAUGGUGGAAACAGUAGGGGUGGAUUUGGACGUGGAUAUCGAGGCAGAGGUAGAGGGAGGAAUUUUGGGGAUGGUGGAUCCUCGUGGAAUGGAGGCAACAGAAACGAUGAAUCAGGUGGCGAAAGGUCUGAACAGCCAUGGAACAGGAGGGAUUUGGAUGCUGGCAGAGGAAGAGGCCGAGGUUGCUAUGGGCGAGGUGAUCGUAACCAAGGUAACAGCAACUUUGGGUCAGCAGAUGGUGGCAGUUGGGGCUCUGGCAGGGGAAAUGGUGGCCGUGGUGGUUACAGAAACUGGAAUGGUAACAAUGGAAGCGGUGAAGGGGGGCAAGGAGGUGGCUGGUCUUCCAACUGGAAUGGCAACAAAGGAAGCGGUGAAGGGGGUCAAGGAGGUGGCUGGUCUUCCAACUGGAAUGCAAACAAAGGAAGUGGCGAAGGGGGUCAAGGUUUUGCGAAAAGCAAGCCCAGCUGGGAAGCGCAGAAUACGUCUGGUGGAGACCAGGCAGGAAAGAGUGAUGCAAACAACUCCUGGAGCCAGAACAGAUCAUCUCCCUCUAUCCUGGGGCAGCCAAGCAGUGAUGUUAACAAGUCUAGCACAUGGGGUGCAACUAGUGGUGGAGCUGGAGGCGGAGGUUCCUGGGGAAAGAGCAAUGGAGAUAGAUGGAAUUCGUCUGGAGGAGCAGCUGCAGAGAAGUCUUCUUGGGGAGGUGGUUCAGAAGGUGCCCCCAAGAAAGAUGAUGAUGGCCCAUGGGGGAAAGGUGGCGAGGAGAGCGGCAGCCAAGGAGGGGGAGGUGGUGGCAGUUCCUGGGACAAAGCUGCGGAUAAUGCAUGGAACAGCAACAAGGGUGGUGACGCCGGCAGUGGUGGAUGGUAAGCGCGCCGUGCAAUAAAUCUGCGCCCCUUGUUGGCGCGACGAUGUAAGUAGUGGUGUACCGUGCGGUUUGAGCUCGUGGACUAGAUGUUUCUUUCUAACCGUAGCGUCUGCUAGCUCCUUUGCGAUGCUUGCUCGAACCCUAAACAGUGUGGCCUAGCUAGAAUCUGCUCGCCUUUCUUAGCACUGGCAGUGGCACGUGGCAGUAAUCGAGGAGCCUGUUCGCCUUUCGC